AUGCCGCCUCAAACAAUUUGCUAUCAGUUGAAGAAGGAAAAGUCAAAAAACAACAGUUCUUCUCCUGUAACAAAUUUGCGCAUGAUGCUGUGGAAGCCUAUUAGUCACUGUAAUGUUUGUUGUAAUAUGCUAUUUCUACCUGUUAUUUUUCUCUUCCACUGGCUUUCAUCAUCAGUGGUCUGUGUGGAAAAUACUUACCUGCAAAACCCAAUCAUUGGUUCAACUACGGAUCGUUCCUGUCAACGCCCGCCUGGAUGUGAACUUCAUUGUCCAUUCGGUUAUCAGAUUGAUCCAUUGGGGAUAUGUUUAUGCACUUGUCAUGAUGCCCCCUGUCUUUCAAAGAUAUGUGCACCAAACGAAUAUUGCCGAUAUAAUAGCGACGGUGCAGCAGUUUGUGUACCACAGAUUGGUGAGUUUACAGUAUCACAAUCAGGUGGAAAUAGAGUAGCUGUAAGGCCAAGUGAAUGCCCACGUCUUUUCGAUGGUGCAUGUAUACAUCAGUGUAACAGUGAUAGUGAAUGUGGUAGCAAUAUGUUGAAGUGUUGCAGUAACGGAUGUGGUCGAGAAUGUGUCGUUGCACUUAGUCCACAAGCGAUCGUAAAUUCACUUUCAAUUCAUCCUCUUCAAAUAACUGGAUAUUCUAAUCGAAUAGGGAAAUGUCCAUUAAAAAAUUCCAUAAAGAAUCAAAAGUGUGCGAUAGAAUGCAUUUAUGAUGAUGAAUGCCCCUCGGUUGAAAAAUGUUGUGAUAAUGAUUGUGGUCGUGUUUGCACACCACCUGAUAAAGCAACAGACUGCAUACAUCUUGCAUCAGCAGUAAAUCGAUUACCCGAGAAAACGCUUAUAAGAGGAUAUGUGCCAAAAUGUACAGUUAAUGGACAGUUCGAGAAUAUACAGUGUGAUGAUAGUUUUUGUUGGUGUGUUGAUGAAAAAGGCACUGAAAUCACUGGAACAAAAAUUAUAAGAACAAUUGGCUUACCAGAUUGCUUACAAAGGCGAGAAUGUAAAGCUAAGUUAUGUUUAAAAGCAUGUCCUUUUGGCAUUAAAACGGACCAAGAAGGUUGUCCGCUGGAUAAUUGCGACUGCCGGGACCUUUGUGAAGAAGUAAAAUGUAUCAAUGACAUUGAUAUAUGCCAAAUAGUUGAGCCUGAUUGUGAAAAACCGCCGUGUUUGCCAGUGCCUAGAUGUUUAUUAAAUCCCUGUCCAAAUGGAUCACCAAUGACUUUAUCAAACGGCGUGACAGCAUUAUGUACUGACACAAAUCAGUGUUCACCUAAUUAUUGGUGUCAUCAGAUCGGUUUUAAUGGUUUUGGAUUUUGCUGCGCCCUCCCAGAAUCGGUAGUGCAUAGCGGAAAUUGCGUUCCAAUUUUAUCACGAUCCUCCAAAAGUAGUAAAUCUGAAUGUCACAUUGAUUCAGAUUGUUCAAAACAAGCAAAAUGUUGUUUCGAUGGCUGUGGCUUAAAAUGCACAAAAGUACAACAAAUUGCGGAAUGUCCAGAAGUACAACAGUAUCACGAUUUAAAAAAGUGUACAGUAGAAUGUAAGGUAGAUCAGGAUUGCCCGGGUAUUAAAAAAUGCUGCACAUAUAACUGUUCUGCUCUUUGCUUAUUUCCAACUAAAGUAACAGCAUGUCUUCACGAACUUAUCACACAUGAAAUUUUUGGAUACGAUCGUGCACCAAAAUGCAACGAUGAAGGAAAUUAUGAGCAAAUACAGUGUCAUGAUGAUUUCUGUUACUGUGUUGAUACAGUGAACGGUAACGAAAUUCCAGCAACUCGAACAGCAUUACAUACAGAACUCGCCUGCAAUGAAAGACGAAUCGACUGCGAACCAUUUAGAUGUUCCAAAAUUUGUGCAUAUGGCUUUAAAUUAACAGAUGAAGGAUGCCUGUCAUGUGAAUGCUAUAAUCCAUGUAAAAAAAUUUUAUGCUCGCAGGGAUAUAUUUGCGUGAUGGCAAGCGUGAAGUGUUUAGAAAAUGUAUACUGUCCUGAUCAACCGCGCUGUGUACCAGACGUUUGCUCAACUGAUGAUUCGUCAGUAGUUCCACCAAUACUUUGCAAAAGUAAGCAGAACUGUCCAGAUGAUUACUGGUGUAAUAAUAUUGGUAUACAGUCUAAAGGCCUAUGUUGUCCACUACCUUCAAAGCAGCUUCGCAUUGAUGCAAAGUGCAAAUCUGUGGAACCGUUCAUUGAACAUAAAAAACCAUGUGAUACUCACUGUAGAACAGAUGAUGAAUGUGCAAUCGGUACAAAGUGUUGCUAUGAUGGUUGUGGAACGACCUGUGUUCAAAUAUCAGGUUGUCUGCAAGCAAAAAUUGCUUAUGACAAACUUGGUCAAAAAGAUACAAUUGGCUGCGAUGAAUAUGGCAACUAUAAAGAUAUACAAUGUAAUACAUUAUAUUGUUGGUGUGUUUCUAAAACGGGCGUGGAAUUGGAAGGAACUAAAGUAUUGAAUGAAGAAACACCAAACUGUCGAGCGCGGCGAUUGUGCACGCCACGUCAUUGCCCAAUGAAGAAAAAUUGCGUGUACGGAUUUGAAACAGAUAGGAAUGGUUGCGUAACAUGCGAUUGUUUCAAUCCGUGUAAGGAUAUUAUUUGCCCAAAUAAAAGCGAAAUAUGUGUGCCCCAAUUGACGGAAUGUAUUGAAAGUCCGUGUCGUGCUGUACCGAACUGUGUUGCAAGCACCUGUCCAGAAGGAUUGCCAAUUAUCGAUGAGAAUACCUUUGAACCGUUUCCCUGUAACAGUAACAAACAGUGCACGUUGUUGAGUGUUUCAUCUUUUUGUCAUACGAGCGGUUAUUGCUGCUGGAAUUCCGAAAAAACGCCAGAUCGAACAAAAGUAUCUGAACUGGGUGAAUGUCCACAUUUAAGCAAUAACCCUGCAAGUUGCCUAAAUAACCAAACCGAUGAAUGUGUCCAAGAUGUUGACUGUGAUACGGUACAGAAGUGUUGCUCAAAUGGAUGUAAGAAAUUGUGCAUGUAUCCUGAAAUUACCACAGCUUGCAUUCAUUUGUUGGGUGCUUCCGAAGCUUUUGAACCAGGCUCAUUUGUUCCACAAUGUGAUACAACUGGUAAUUUUAAUCGAAUCCAAAAAUUAGGUGCUAUAUUUUGGUGUGUCGAUGAAUCGGGUCGAGAGUUGCACGGAACACGGACUUCUCAUCCAUACCUUAAUUGUGAUCUUCCUCGGUCAUGUCCGCUGUUAAAUUGCCAAUUGGAUUGCUCUUUAGGCUAUGAAAAGAACGAAAAUGGUUGUGACUUAUGUCGUUGUCAUGAUCCGUGCAAAAAUGUUCGAUGUCCCUUGACACACGUUUGCAGAUUAAUUGAUGUCAAAUGUCUGCUUGGAAGUUGUGAUCCGAUUACUAAAUGUAUAUUAAAUGUUUGCCCGAAAGGUGAACCCUUGACAUUGCCCAAUAUGCGUAAGGUCGUACUUUGCAAUACAAAAGAAAAUCGCCAUUGUCCACUAGGCUACUUCUGCCACGAAAUUGGUAUUCCGCUACCAUUUGCAUCAUCAUAUUGCUGCGCUGGAAACGAAGUUUCGUUAGCCUUAUGUCCAAUAACGUUUGAAUUUCGACCUACUGUUUCCAAAAAGUGUAAGAUAAGAUGCCAUACUCAUAAUGAUUGCUUAUCCGGGAAAUGCUGUUUCAACGGUUGUGGAACAUCCUGCAUGAAUUUACAAGCAGAAGAAAUGGACCAAAAUAUCGUUUUCAACUUUUCGAAAGGAGUAUUUUCUAAAGAGUCUCAUAGAGAAUUUGAAAAGUUGCAAGAUUGUUCAAUGGAUGUUAUCUCGGAUCAAAGCUGUAAGAUUGACUGCCUCAAAGAUAGUGAUUGUCCAGUCUUUCAGAAAUGCUGUAUUAAAGGUUGCAGCAGUUUAUGCGCUUUCCCCCAUGCUACCACGGCUUGCAUUCAUAAAUUGGCUUCUUAUACCAAUAAGAAUAAUGAGAUAUCUUUCAAUGGACCACGAAUUGAUUGUAAUGAAGGCGGAACAUUUAAAAAAAUUCAAUGCGAUCAACAAAUCAGGCAAUGCUGGUGUGUCAACACGGAGACAGGCGAGGAAAUGCUUGGUACCAGAGUUAUAGCCGCUAUUGCUAAACCAAAUUGUCAAGCACCAAUCUUUUGUUCAACGGUAUGUGAUCAAAUGAAAUGUGAACACGGUCUUCGGUUAGAUAUCAAUGGUUGUCCACUAAAUAAUUUUUGCGAAUGUAAGAAUCCAUGCGAAGAAAUAAAGUGUGCCAGAAAAGAAGAUAUAUGUGUGCUAAUGCCAGUCAUAUGUAUUACUUCACCUUGUCCUUCUGUACCGCAAUGUAAAUCAAAUCCUUGCCCAAAACAUUCGGAAGUUUUGCGGGACAAAAAUAAUAAUGUAUUUUCAUGUGUGCAAAAUGAAGACUGCAGUACAGGCUUGUGUAGAUUAUUGCCGAAUGAGCAAAGACAUGGAAUUUGUUGCACUUCAGGUACAGGUAGGAUAGAUGGAAUAAUUUUAAAGCAAAAAUUGGGAGAAUGUCCUAGAAUUGCUCCUUCGAAGUCGUUGUAUACAGAAAAUUGUAGCAUGGAAUGUUCCAAUGAUUCAGCAUGUCCUGAAGUACAGUUAUGCUGUGAUUAUGGUUGUAGCAAAAUUUGCGUCAUUCCAGAAGUUGCAACAAAUUGCAUUUUACUACAUGCUUCCAUCACUAAACUUAUUCAUUCUGGCGCUAUUGUCAGCUUGCGUAUACCGUGGUGUAACAAACAUACGGGUAUGUUUGAAACAGUUCAGUGUAAUGAUCUCAAUGAUUGUUGGUGUGUGAACGCGGUGACCGGCGCUACAAUCCAUGGUUCAAGAAGUUCAAAGAUGAAAUCACUCGAUUCAUCUCUCACAUUUUCAUAUGAUGUUUGUUCCAAUAAAAAAAGCUGCUCAAUUAGCUGCAACGAUGCGAUUUGUCCAUUAGGUUUUGAAAUGGAUGCAAAUAAUUGUCCGAAAGAUAUUCACUGCCGUUGUCGCAAUUUAUGUGAUGCGAUACGGUGCUCCGAUAAUAAAGUUUGCAUGUUGAGACGGAAAAAUUGUUCUGAAUCCACCUGUAUUCCUGUACCAUCAUGUGAACCAAAUCCAUGCAGUGAUAUCAGUAAGCCAGCAUUAGAUGAAACAACUUAUAUUCACUUGUCUUGUUCCGAAAAUCACACUGAAAUGUGUCCUCCUGCAUAUUACUGCGCUGGUUAUGAUACGUCCAGACAAGGAGUUUGUUGUCCAAGAAUCAAAACAAAAGAAGCGAGAAGCGAUAUGGUAGGCUGCCCUCACGGCAAUCCAUUUUCAAACAAAGCUGAUGGAUGGCCGUUAAAUUGUAGUCAAUCCGGAAAUGACUGUCCUUCUACACAUUACUGUUUCACAGCAUCUGAUCAGUCAUUCGGUGUUUGCUGCGUUUCUAAAAGAUAUGUUUGUCAUUUGCCGCUGGAUGCUGGACCUUGCACGGUUAAUCUUAAGCGAUAUUACUACAAUUACACAAAUAAUACCUGUGUUUCAUUUAACUACGGCGGUUGUUCAGGCAAUUCAAAUAACUUCAUCAAUAGAAAACAUUGUGAGAAAUUCUGCCUAGACAUCAAUGUUGGUCUCAAUGGUUUCUUCACUGAUACUGGCAAAGUAAUUGAAACUUACCAGCUUGGAUUUUCCCUCACAGGACCUUUGUUUCGUAAAAAACAUCAACAAGAUAUAAACGAAGCAUUUCGUGAGUACAUGAAAAAAAAAUUCGAUAUCGGUGAUGACGAAUUGAGAGAUAUUGUUAUCAGUGAUGAUAAUAUGGUACAGUUUGUAUUGAGAAGUGAAGAUGCUAAGUUGAAAGCAGCUGAUAUUUCUGAUGUGGUUCUUUUCGGUUCACCUACAAUGGCGAUAUUUACCGGGCAGAACCGCAUUCUUGGACCAGUCAUCGUAUUGCAGAAAAAAAAGCGUUAUGUGGAAAGAUAUUUUUAUGCGCGUUUCCUGUACAAAAAAAGAGAAAAUAAAUCAUCAUUGGGAGGCAUCACAUCCUCCCAGUAUGCAGCUCGUACAGAUUAUGCAACACCGGCAGCGAUCUCAAGCACUCCGAAAAGCGGUACUUCUUCGGAACAUUUCGAACAACUGAUGGAAUCAGAAAACCGACAUCAUUAUCGACAAACAGUGAAUAAAGAAAGAGAUUUAUAUGAAGUGCAUAAAGCCCUCCAAACACCUGGUUUCUUUGUUCCUUCGGAGGUUAGACUUUUUCCCUGCGAACUGCGGAACAUGCAAGCACAUCGAGCUCGCUUGCGUAUCCCACGAAGCGAUACAGUACACGUAAAGAGAGAACACCAUAGAGAAAGCGCAUUGGACGAUGCAAUCAGACAGGAGAACGGGCAACCUGUUUCUUUUGCCCACUUUACUGUACUAUUUCUCACCUUGUCGUUACGACUAGUACGACUGCGUGAGUGUGGCGCCAUAUCCUUCAGUUCCGCAGCUGAUCGAUUAGGGUGCGUGGUCAUCGGACUGACAUUGUUAAUGAGUUUCACGCACGGUACAACUAUCGAAAUCGAAGUGAUGGAAUUCUGGUUCCACUGCAACUACUGUACACGACGUCCGGAAAGUUGGACUGUCAUUCCAGCUUAUCGUCUUACCAAUUGUGGUCACAUUUUAUGCACCGAUUGUGCUCAUUAUACCGAUACGGUAAAAAUUUGCAAAUUUUGUCAGCGCGUUGGAGUUUCAAUUCGUCCAAUUGAUAGAACAUUACCAUUUCAUAUACAGAAAUUCUUCAUGGUGCAACUAACAUUUAUACUUUGUGUUUUUUUUUUAAUUUUGAAAUAUUUCAAAAUACUGAAGCCUCCGAAAGUGUUAAUGGAAGCGGCAGAAAAACGCAUUAGAGAGGCAAUUGCAUUCCAAAAUUGUCAGAAGAAUUUGAUGGAGCGCUGCUUGAUUAGAAAAAUUGUGCAGCUUUGGAAUCAACUUCAAGCAAUGAAGCUGGAUUUGGAAGCAAAAAGUCGGCUCGAGAAAGAAGUAACAUGUCUCAAAGACGCAUUGAAAUAUGUGAGAAAUGAAUUGUUUCAUACAAUUAGUAAGCAUCAAGAAUUUGAAAAGCAGGCAUUGCAGUGGGGAUUUAAAGUACUUUCUAUUAAAGACAUAUAUGAUGCUGUUAUCAAUAAGAAGCUUGCAGAAAAUGGACAGAAUUUUUUGCAGGAGCAAGGGACGGAGCAGGAAAAGGGAAGACAUAUAAAUAUGGAGGAAGUUGGCGAACAUGUGCAAAUUAGGUUGUGCCUUAUCGCAGUAGUGCAACAUAUUUAUAGUGAAAUUGUUGGCACUGCGUUCCCGAAUAUUUCCGAUGAGCCACUGGACUUAUCAAUAAAAAAGAAAGUUGAUUCUGUGAACGAGAAUUUGUCCGGCCCAGCUUCAAAUUCUCAUUCGGCGAAAUGUGCCACUGUACCACCUAACAAUCUCAUUGGCACUGUUCUCUCGAAAAAAGACCGUGCAACCGGAGUAAAGAAAUCACGCGGUCGGAAAAAUAUUGCCUCAUCGAACACGGAACGCGCUGACGGAAGCGGAUCUACUCGUCGCAAACGUCGACGUGAAGACUCCGAUAAUAAAUUGGAAUCCGAAUCUGAAGAUAAAAAGUGGGUAGCAACUGUUGCGUAUCCGACGCUCAUUUUGCGCCGAAUAUCCGCUGAUGCUACGACAACUGCGAAUGACGAAUAA